ACUUCUUCUUGGUGGUGACCAACAGAGUCUAGUUAGAAGGACAGAGGUAGUACCUUGGAUGCUAAAUAACAAAACAUCGACUGCCCAAACAAAGAUGAAAACUUGGUCGAUGUUCAAUCUCUCUCUAUUUGCCUCCGCCGCCGACCGGUAACCUCGUCCUCGUCUGCCUCUCUUUCUUGCCGGUGGCAAGAGGGAUUUGGGAAGAAGUGGUAAUGGAGAGAAAUUCUACUGCCUGUGCUAUGGAAUGGAGUAUUGAGCUGGAGAAGGCCCUCCGCUCCAGAAAACCUGGUCAACCUGUUGAAGCUAUAUUACAGAUUGGGCCAAGGCUUGAGCAUUGGAGUAGAGAACCUGAACCAAGUAUGGCAGUAUAUGACAUGUUUGGCUUAGUGCCAGGGGAGGAUAGGCUUUUUGCGAACACCAUCCUAUUAAGGCUUGCUGAUGCGUUUAGGCUAGGUGAUAAACACUCUAAACUUGCUAUUGUUAGGAUUUUCUUAUCUGAGUACAGAAAACAUGACAAGAAGAAUAAAAGUAAAGGAAAGAAAGGGAUUUUGUCUAAGGCCAGGCUGCACAACCAUCUAGAAUUGUUGACAAGAGUAAAGGAUGUUUUUGAUAAUGGGGAAGUUGAGUCAAGAGCAUUGGCUUUAGCUCUCUUCGGUUGUUGGGCAGAUUUUGCAAAAGACAGUGCUCAGAUAAGAUACGUGAUUCUUUCCAGUCUAGUUUCUUCUCAUGUUUUGGAGGUAAAAGCAUCAUUAUUUGCUGCUGGUUGCUUUUCUGAGUUAUCAGAUGAUUUUGCUUGUACUGUACUGGAGAUGCUGGUUAAUAUGUUGACUUUAUCUGAAACAUCACCUGCUGUAAGGUUAGCUGGGGCACGAGUUCUUGCAAAAAUUGGGUGCUCAUAUUCAGUUACAAAUAGAGCUUACCAGACAGGUCUAAAGUUGGUGUUGGACUCUACAGAAGAGGAUUUUUUGGUCGCUUUGCUGGUUUCACUCUCAAAACUUUCUUUCAAAUCAACAGUUCUUAUUUCUGAACAGGUGGACCUUCUUUCCUCAUUUCUUAGAGGAGAAAAAACUACGCAUAUGAAAGCUGCUGUAUUAAGAUGCCUGCACUUCCUUUUAAUAAAAGGACCGUGCCAUUUCCCUGUUAGUGCAGAUCUAGUCAAAGCAUUAUUCAGCACAUUAAAUGAUCCUGAACUUCCAACAAACAUGCAAUGUGAAGCUCUACAGAUUUUGCAUAAGAUACUUCCUUAUAUGUCACCUCAAUUGCCUUGUCUGGACACCCCUGAAUUCACUAAGCUUUUAACCAUUGCUGAAGAUUUCUCCCAAUCUCCAAUUGCGUUGAAUGGUUUCUUUUUGAUUCAUGUUCUGGGAGAUAUAUCAAGGAAGCUUGGGGGGAAAAUGGAAAUGGAAUCUGGUAUGUUUGGUUCCUCUCUGUUGUCGAGGGUGAUCUCAUUGGUUAUAGAUCAGAUGACCUUGCUGGUAAAGCCAUUAAUAGAUCUUUGCCAGAUUGCCUCCAAAGUGUUUCAAAGAGUUUGUAGUCUGCUCAACCUUCUUCUUCUUUUGGUUGGAGAACAUCCAGAUCAGGGUCCUUUGGUGCUGGAUAAAAUCUAUUUAUUUAUUGAAUAUGUUGUAAAUAUGCAUGACCACGUCAUGGCUACAAGACAUUCAAAUAGACUGGGUCCUGACUUGGACUUAACAAGAGAAAAGAGCAGAGUGAUUAGGUCAAAGCUUGUAUUGGCUGCAUGUAGAUUUAUUGUUGCCUGUCUUGAAACUCUCACUGAGGCUGGCACUGCCACAACCACAGUAUUUGAAAAAGUAAAACUUCUGGUUGAGCGUGUGUGUCAGUGCAGCUUAUUUGAUUGCUAUAUACAUACAAUCCUCUCUUUAUUGUUCCACUGUAAAAUAAUUUGGGGCUUUUUGGUGAAUGAAAGUAAGGAAACUUGUGAUCUUAAUAGAAACUCUGUUAAUUAUCACUUGAUUGAGAAGGAAGUUCUUACCCUAGAGUGUGCAAAUAAGAUGUUGAAAGAGAGGUAUAACUGGCCUGCUUACAGAGCUGGGAUGUAUGCUGCAUGUCAGGGAGCAUGGUUCACAGCCACUUUCAUAUUUCAACAGUUAAUAACAAAGGUUCAGUCUGAUAUCUGCUACUCCUGGUUAAAAUCUAUAAUUCAAUUGGCUCAUUCUGAGAGGAAAAUCCAGCUACUGCUUUUACCAAAACAGGGGUCUACUUUAGUAGAAUGGUUAGAGAAGAAUAAAUUUCCUGUUAGUGAUGAUAUAGGUGAAAUCAGCAGAGAUACAACUGGAAGGUCUAAUGAGCCUAAUUACAGUGAAGAGCUUCUUGGGGCUUAUAGGGGUAUCUGCUCUGCAGGGGAAACAUUAGAACGUGCUGUCUCAUCAGGUCAAGAAUUUUAUUUCCAGAGAUGGUUUUUGUAUCUAAGAGCUAAACUUCUAAGAACUUUGGUGGAUUUGCUAAGAAUUCAUGCAACCAUUCAGUUUAGCUUGGACAGGAUUAGCAAUAAUGGAGAGAUUGAGUUCCUGAAAUCUUUUGCAGAAUUUAUUCAAAUAUCUUGUCAGUUUAGGAAGCUAGCAAAAGAAUUUGAUUUAAUAGCCACAUCUUCCCUUGGUAUAGACAGCCAAAGUUCAAUAGUCAUUUCGUCACUUGCACUAAGUUGUUCACUCUUGGCCUUCAGUACUGGUUUCAUACUUUUUGUUCCAAAUCUUGCUGCCUAUGAAACUGUCACAAGUUGUGGUGUAGAAAACUCAGAAUACUGUUCACGUGCAAUGUUAAUACAAAAUUUAGUUGGGCGUUUGUGGCAUAUAGACCAUGAGACAAGUAGGAAUCUCUGCCAGAUUUUAUAUGUCAGUGCACAGCUUAAGAACUGUUUACAUGCCAGUGGACAGCUUAAGAACUGUUUCAACUUGCAGUCUAGAAAUAAACUUUUGAAAGUUGGUUGUGAAGAAAAAGAUAUUCUUACUCUUUGUAGUUAUGCUGUUUCUGGGGUUGUUGGUUUGCAAGAGGCAAAUAGAGAGCACAAUGAAGACAUGUUACCCGAAGUUAUCAAGGAUGGUUUACAACUUCUUUUGAACAUUAUUAUGAAAUGGAUACAAAUUUCUUUUCGGACCCCCAAAUAUCUCUUUAAAGUAAGGCCUUGCACUGGAUCAAAGCUCUUUGCCCACAACUCAGACACUAAAAGCUCAGAUAAUAUAUCCGUAUUGCCAGGCUUCCAUCUAUCAUUGAACCUGUGUCUUCAACUGAAUAAUUUGCCACCAGAUCUCCCAUCUCGGCUGACCAAGUUAUAUUGCAUUCUUUAUUGUAGAGUAUCCUUUCAGGAGCACAGACCAAGUGAAGAAGACAAGGAAAAAAUGCAGUGGGGCUGUCGAGCUUGGGAAAAUGAUGAUAUGGUGGAAAUCAAUGAAAUGUUAUUUCGUUAUGUGACAAAUUUACAUACAAAAGGAAUCAAUAAUAGUAAGCGCAGGAAGUAUGAUAAAAAUGAGGACGGGGUUGUUUAUGCAUUUGUGCAUUUUGAACCAAAUGAGAGUGGCCAAGGAUUUGCAAGUUGCUUGCUUGAUAUUUCUAGUUUUCCGGUAGGUUCUUAUAGAAUUAAGUGGCAUAGUUGUUGUAUUGAUGAUGAGGGUUCUUAUUGGAGCCUCCUUCCUCUGAAUGCUGGACCUGUAGUUACUGUUGGCAGAUGAUUUUGUGAAAAAUCUGCUGAUACAUGUAAAUGAUCUUGUAUGCUGCAUAUAACGUAACAUAUAAGUUAUUUCCUUAGAAAUAGAUUCAUCAUGUAUUGUAACAGAUUUGUUAGGUAUUGUAACCUUAAGGAUUGUAUCUGAGACUAUCCACCUUGUGUGCAAGACAUAAAAGAAUGGUAUCCCUUAGAAGAGAAAUAAAUUUGCUUUCUAUUCAUUA